AUGGUGUUUCGCGAAAAGGACCUUGAUGCAGGGUCACCAACAUCAUUUGACCGCGUCGAAACUGGAACACCAUACGAUGAGACUCUUGUCUGUCCACCGCAUACUACCGAGCGCAAGCUAGUCAACAAGAUUGAUUUUCACGUCGUUCCAUUUUUGUGUAUCCUCUACCUGCUUGCCUUCCUCGACAGAGUCAACAUAGCAAACGCAAAUGUCGCGGGUCUGUCUGACGAUCUCAAGCUGGAGAAUCAUGAGUACAAUAACUCUCUCGUCAUCUUCUUCGUGCCAUAUAUCAUCUUCGAGAUUCCUAGCAAUAUUCUGCUCAAGAAAUUCAAGCCGCAUGUGUGGUUGUCAGGAUGCAUGUUCCUCUUCGGUCUUACCACAACGCUGCAAGGAGUUGUCCAGAACUACUCUGGCUUGUUGGCAACUCGCUUCUUCCUAGGUCUUUUUGAGUCAGGAAUGUUCCCAGGAUGCUUCUAUCUGCUUUCUUCGUGGUACUUGAGAACAGAGGCACAAAGGAGAUACAGUUUCUUCUUCUCGAGCACAACACUUGCCGGUGCUUUUGCUGGUCUGCUCGCCGCAGCCAUCAGCAAGAUGGAUGGUAUCGCUGGUUACGAAGGCUGGAGAUGGAUCUUCAUCCUCGAAGGAAUUCUUACUUGUGUCGUCAGCGCCGCAUUCUUCUUCGUUCUUCCCGAUUUUCCCGAGGACAGCAAAUGGCUCUCAGAGGACGAGAGAGCAUUCGUUGUCAAUCGUCUUCGCGCUGAACAAGGUGCCUCAGCAGUAGAACGCAAGACGAGCGCUAAGGAUGUUGCAAACGUAUUCAAGGACUACAAGAUCUUCCUCGGUGGCUUCAUGUACUUUGGCUUGAUCGUGCCUGCCUACUCCUAUGCCUAUUUCUCGCCUAGCAUCAUCAACGGCUACGGCUACAGCAAGAUCCAAAGUCAACUCCACAGUGUACCUCCAUGGGCUGCUGCCUUCGGCUUCGCCAUGAUCCUCGCCUACAUUUCCGACAAAACACGCCAUCGAUUCGCCUACGCCGUCUUCGCCGUCUGCAUAGCAAUCGCCGGUUUCGCAAUCUUGCUCUCUGUGCACCACAACCGUCCCCUCGAAUACGCAGCGCUUUUCCUCGUAGCCAUGGGCUGUUACUCCGCCAUGCCGAUUAUUGUUUGUUGGUUCAACAUGAAUCUCGGCGGCCACCACCGCCGCAGCGUCGGUUCAGCCUGGCAAGUCGCCUUUGGCAACAUCGGGGGCAUUAUCGCUGUAUACUGCUUCCUCAAGCAAGACGCCCCGCUCUACACUAAAGGCUACAGUAUUUGCAUUGCAUUUACUUGUUUGAGUGUGGUCAGCUGUAUCGCUUAUUACAUUGCUUGUAUUGCGCAAAACAGACAGAGGGAAAAGACUGCGACGGAUGUAGGCUUGACGGAAUACGAAAAGACGGAGUUGGGAGACUUGAAUCCGGAGUAUAGGUAUCUUGUUUGA